GCAGUCGCCGGUCGGAUCCUCUCGGGUGUGCAGCAUCAGGUCAGAUUUAAACCGCCACCAUGUCGAGCAAAAAAGCGAAGACCAAGACCACCAAGAAGCGCCCUCAGCGCGCAACCUCCAAUGUGUUCGCCAUGUUUGACCAGUCCCAGAUCCAGGAGUUCAAAGAGGCCUUUAACAUGAUUGACCAGAACCGGGAUGGCUUCAUUGACAAGGAGGACCUGCACGACAUGCUGGCGUCUCUGGGGAAGAAUCCCACUGAUGCCUACCUGGACGCCAUGAUGAACGAGGCCCCGGGCCCCAUCAAUUUCACCAUGUUCCUCACCAUGUUUGGGGAGAAGCUAAACGGCACUGACCCCGAGGACGUCAUCAGAAACGCCUUCGCUUGCUUUGAUGAGGAAGCCACAGGCACCAUCCAGGAGGAUUACCUGAGGGAGCUGCUGACCACCAUGGGCGACCGCUUCACAGACGAGGAAGUGGAUGAGCUGUACAGAGAGGCCCCCAUUGACAAAAAGGGGAACUUCAACUACAUUGAGUUCACACGCAUCCUGAAGCACGGCGCGAAAGACAAAGAUGACUGAAGAGCUGCGGCGGCUGACACGCCUCUUGCGUUUGCUUGCUCACUUCCUGUCUCAGACACACACACCCCAUAGGACCUACUGCGUGCCACUUAGUUUCUCAGUCACUUCCCCUCCCCCAUAGGGCCUACUGUGUGCCACUUAGUUGAGAGCUUUUUUUUUAAAUGUAUUUAUUCCAGGCCCUUUCUGUCACUUAGCAUGUGCAUAAUCAGACUGGAACGGGGGACAAUGUUGUAAAUUGUACUGAAAACGAGAUGCAAAUAAAAAAUGAACCACUGUGAAAGCCCAGGACAAUAUAUCCGGAUUUCUGGUUUUGCUGGAUUUUUUUUUUUUUACAUUUUUAUAUAAUAAAAAUGUUAUUUUG